CAAUUCUAUCGAUCAAAAAUUGAGUUAUCACAGCAAAAAUGUUCAAUAAAUUCCAUUGAAACAUCAAAAAGCAUUCAAAUCAUUAUUCGCUGACAUUUGAAUCGUAGUAUGCAAACAAAACGGACGUAAACCUUUAAUUGUGUGACGAUUGCUGAACUGUUUGUGGAAUUUCGUGCCAAAUUUUCAUACAUUUUCUUGUUCUACGCCACGAAUUUAAUAAAAUAUUUAUUUAUUGUUUUAACACAAAGUUGAUUUAACCUUUGUCAAGUGUUUACAACAAAAUGGAUACAAAUUAUACAUCUAAUAAUCUGAUUACACGUGCAAUGGAUUUCUAUUCAUGGACUUUGACAUUAUCAGAUAGUCGUACAAAAGGUAUGCUUUUUGUGGACUCGCCUUUUCCAACGCUUGCCAUAACUCUUGGUUAUUUACUAACUGUGUGGAUUGGACCACGGAUUAUGCGGAACCGAAAACCGUUCGAAUUGAAACAAACGCUACUAACAUAUAAUUUGGCCAUGUCUGUACUGAAUUUUUAUAUUGCCUUUGAGUUGUUAGUUGCAUCAAUUUCGUUAAAAUAUAAUUAUCUGUGUCAACCAUAUAAACCCAUUUAUUCAACAGGAGAACUUAGAAUUACGAAUGCUGUUUGGUGGUUUUACUUCUCAAAAUGUAUAGAAUUUUGUGAUAGCUUAUUCUUUGUUCUGCGCAAAAAGGAUCUCCAACUAAGUUUUUUACAUGUUUAUCAUCAUAGCACCAUGUUUCCUUUGUGGUGGGUAGGAGUGAAAUACGUCCCAAGUGGCUCAACGUUUCUCCCGGCGAUGACGAAUAGCGCAAUACAUGUUUUGAUGUAUUCAUAUUAUGGCCUUUCGACACUUGGACCAAAUGUUACCAAAUAUUUGUGGUGGAAAAAAUACUUGACAAUUAUUCAAUUGAUUCAGUUUACUGGAGCAAUGAUUAUGGGAAUCAAUGCUAUUCAAUCUGGUUGUGAUUUUCCAAAAUGGAUGCAAUAUGCCUUAGUCUUUUACAUGAUUUCAUUUAUUGUGCUUUUUGGAAAUUUCUAUGGAAAAAAUUACUUAUCCAAAGGAAAAAUAACAACGAAACUCAACGACAACGGCAAAUCUCGAGAAGAAAAACUACAAAUAAGACAAAAAUGUGACUAAUUCGUAGAGUGAAUAACAGGGAAUAGAAAUGUGUGAAAAAUGAAACAUUUUAUUUUAUAUUCAUAACAUAAUCAAAAGAUCAAUUUUUCAAAAGAUAGAAUUUUGUAACGAUGUGUAUAAUAUUUGUAAAUUUUAUAAAUUUUAGAAUAUGACACGCAUAAAAAAAUAUA